UGUACACAUAUACAAGCACACAUCGCAUCCCUCUUUCACAUCCGCCAGCCACCAGCCACCAGAAGGCUUCCAGUCAACGGCAUCGAACAUCAGUUCGCACGGUCGCUCCCCAGAUCAAUACCGCGCCCGUGUCCCGUUCGAAGACAUUUCCACCAGCUCUCUAUUCUCUCUCUGGGUGUCCCCGGAAUAAAUAAAAAGGGAAGGAAAGGAAGCCAAAAUCCCCAAAUUUAUUGCGACUCAUCUGCGGUGCAAACGGAAAUAAAACCAACACCCCUAACUAAAAUUCAUCGUCAAUCCACAAGGGGCGUUUCUCAUCUUGUAGAAGAAAAGAAAAAUUCGCAACAAAUUGGAAAUAUCCGCAAUUGGGUGAAGCCAGUACUGUAUAUCCGGAAAGUAGUUGAAGUGUGUUCUGUGCAGAGCGUAUCAAAGUGUAGUUUCGGGGUAGUUUAGGAAAAAAAGUGCAUAGGAAAGAUUAACAAAGGGGCUGGGGCCAUUGGAGGUGUUCUGGGGGUGAAAUUUCACAAAAUUUCACACACAAAACAGCCCCCAAAGAAACAAAAAAGGAAGUGAAAAAGAGCGUGGCAAGGUUCGAAGAUUUGUGAAAAGCUCCCGUCGCCUCCUGAAGGCCUACCCCCGUGCCCGGUACUUUGACAUUGCAAAACGAUAUAUACAUACAAUCGCUGUGUCUCAGACAACACACACAGCUUUUCCUUAGUAAUCAAAUUAUCAAAAGAAAAAAGCAUAUAAAAGUUUAAUAAUAUUUAAAUUUAAAUUAAAAAAAAGACUCACCGCAUCAUUACAUAAAGCAUUCAAGAAAAAAAAUGUUACUAAAUUGAUAAAAAAAUAAAAUACUAAAAAGAGAUGUAAAUAAUUAAAAAAAAUAAAGUAAAUUAGUAUUCACAAGUGAAAUUAAUAAGCGAGCUGUGAUUAAGAAAAGAGAAAAGGGGGUAAAUUCAUUCGUACUAAACCUUAAACUCGUGAGUGUGUUUGUAAUCAAGAAGGAAAAAUCAGCGGUCUUUCAUUUUAACCCCUGCCCCUCUUCCAAUAGUAUUGCGUUCCUGUAGAGAUUUUUUUCUGUAGUGGAGUGAAUAUUGAUAAAUGGAAAUCAUACCAGAAGGGAAAAACUUUCGACUGGUGCAAGAAAAUGAGCUUCCCCAAAUUCUGGAGGUGUUGGAACAAUAUUUACCGGAAUCGCUAAAGUUUCAUCAAACGGUGAAGACGUACCUGAAUAACCGUGUUUGGCAAUUUUACUUUUAUGUGUCUAAAAAUUGGCCCGAGGAGCCGAUAUGUCUGCAUUUUCCAGGAUGCACGCUAACCCCCAAUAAUAGAAUCUACGAGAGUUUCGGCAUCUUUUGCCCAUCCUCACAGUUAGACUAUAUGGAAUUGCUACGAACAGAGGAUAUUUUAAUUGAAUGGACACAGCCUUUGUACCUGAAUUUCACGCACAUUGCCAUUAUGGAUCGCAUUGAAGAAUUCUAUUCGGCGCAAGGUAGCAUCGAUAAGCUUAUAGGUGAUAUUUACAUUUCCAAAGGUCCACCAGAUCGUCUCGAAUUGGAAAGUUUGCCGUCCAGUGAAGUGGAAAUGCGUCCUCUUGCUCUGGAAAAUGUAAAAGCCAUCCACGAUCUGUACCCGGCCAGUGAGAUCGAAAGCAUCGAGGUGUUUGAGAAGCUCGUGAGCUCCCUUCCUGGAUUUGGGAUUUUUUGCGUGGAUUCUGGUGAAUUAGCAGCGUGGAUGGUACAAUCGUACUAUGGUGCAAUGUGCAGCAUGCAAACAAAACCCGAAUUCCGACGCAAAGGCUAUGGGAUUCAUCUAGCUCAAGCACUCACGAAGCUCGUUGUGGAGCGUGGCUAUACGCCAUUUGUCGUGAUCCGACCAGAAAAUGAUGCGUCCAAAAGUUUGUACAUUAAGUUGGGAUUCGAGAGGGCUUUUGCCACUGUUAGGGCUACUCUAUGCCCAAAUGGGGACAAUGUCAAUGGGAUUCCACCUGUACGUGAGAAUGGCAAUCACCUGGAUGUGGUUGAUCGUGAUUUCUAUCGCGAUGCCAAGGAUUCCUCAGCAGCAGAUAGGGGUGAUCCAGUUGGCAAGAUAACACCACAAAGUUCAAAAGCAACCGAAGAAGGUGGAUAAAUUCUCUUUUUAGACGUGACUUUGACCAAAAAAAAAAAAAAAAAAGAAUAACUCUCAAAAGUCAAUAAAAAAACAUCAUGAUUUUUCAUCUUUGCCUCCUUUUCCCUUUUUCAAUUUUAAAUGAAAAAUACACAUUCUUUGGCUUUUGUAAGGCAUGAGAAAAAAACUUUUAAAAAAUUUUCUUAACUAUAGGAAGCAAAAAAAUGCAAAGCCAGAACACGUGACAAUUUUACAUCAUCGGCUGCCAAAGAGUUAAUACAACUUUAAUGUAAAAGAAGAAGAAUCCUUUUAGAAAAAUCGUCAAAAUUUUACAAUUAGCAACAUAAUUAUUUUUGAGCACGUUUUAUUCAGGAAAAAAAUUAAAAUUUAUAACACAUUCAAUAAAAUAGAAAAAUAAUAUUAAGCAUAAAAAAGAGGUUUGAAAAAAUCAGCAAAAAUAUUAUUUCUGCCCUAAAAAACGAUUGUCAAUCACAAGCCCUCCUAUUAAUUUGAGAAUUACAUAAUAUACAUACAUAUAUAUUGAUAUAAUAAGUUUUAUAAAAUAAACUCAAUAGCAUUUCUUAAAGGAUUCAGUGAAUUCUUGAUUUUUUUUUGUUUCUAAUAAAUGCAACAAUUAAGCAAAAUUAUUAUGGAACCAAAAAAUCUUUUUCGAUAGAUAUUGCUCAGUUUUUUUUUCCUUUGGAAAGCAGUUUUUUUAAUUAUAAAUAUAAAUGCAAUGUACUUAUUUAAGACAAAAAAAAAGAAAUUAAAAAAUAUAUUUAUACUAUUAUCACGGGAAAUAUAUUAAAAAAAAAACUGAUGAAUACCUUUAGAGAAAAAAGCAACAUUUACAGGGUGGCCAGGAAAUAUGAUAUUAAGGUUAAUAUAUCUGAAAAUUUUUCCACCAAAAAAUGAGUAAAAACUCAAAAAGUUUUUUUUGCUUUUUAUUUGAAGUAGAUAUCUUAAAAAAAAAUUGUAGCCGCUUAAAGCAAAAACCGUGAAAGUUAUCUAGCCCUAAUACUCCUAAUUUCCUGGCCACUCUGUAUUAACAUAAAAAUGCUAUAGCAUUAAAAUAACAAAUUUAAAAAAUGCGUUUUUAUUACAAAACAAAACAAAAAUAUUUCAGCAAAAGAAAAACUUGGAAAUGUCGAUGAAAAUGUUGGUAAACUUUCAUAGAAAAGGAGGAAAGAAAUUUAAAAAAAAAUGAUUAAAAAUGUGCUUUACUUAUAGUCAUAUCUCAAACUAAUGAAAAAAAAUUAGCAGAA